AAAUACCCUCAUUUGUUGCUUAACACAGGAAGCCAAAUAGCUUUGCUUUUGCAUACACAUAUCCCCCAUUUCUUCCCAACUUCUCUCAUCUCUUUCUCUCACACUUUUCUUUUCUUCUCCCUCUGCUGCUCACGCAAAAAGAGAAGCUUGUACAAGUACAACCCAUUUCAUUUCAUUCUCCUCUGCGACGAUUCGCUGCAUAUUAAAGGUAAUUAAGUGAAUAAUGAAUAUGAGGUUUUCGGCUUCGGUCCAAAAGCAAAUACAGCCCCUUGUGAAUUUACAAAGAGCCAUAAAUAUGGAGCCUUUCUUUCGCCGAAAAGAUAAGGUUGUGUUCGUUGUAGGCCCAACCGGCACUGGUAAAUCAAGAUUGGCUAUUGACCUCGCAACUCGUAUCCCAGCGGAGGUCGUUAAUUGCGACAAAAUGCAAGUCUAUAAAGGCCUCGAUAUAGUCACUAAUAAGGUGACUCAAGAGGAGUGUCGCGGUGUGCCUCAUCAUUUGAUAGGUGUAGUAGUAGACCCUAAUGCCAAUUUCACUUGCGAUGACUUUCGCUAUCAUGCCUCCGAUGCCGUCCAAUCCAUUGUCGCUCGUGAUCGCUUACCAAUCAUUGCUGGCGGUUCUAAUUCUUUCAUUGAGGCUUUAGCGAAUGAGGAUCCUGAUUUUCGAUUGAGGUAUGAAUGCUGCUUCUUUUGGGUGGAUGUAUCGUUGCCUGUGCUGCAUUCAUUUGUAGCUGAACGAGUCCAUCGAAUGGUGAAAGCUGGAUUGGUUAACGAGGUGAGAAACAUAUUUGAUCCAAACAAAACUAACUAUUCACAAGGAAUAAGACGAGCAAUUGGAGUCCCUGAAUUGGAUCAUUAUUUCCGAAGUGAAUCAAUAGUGGAUGCCAAAACUCGAGCCAAGCUCCUGGACGUAGCUAUUGCAAAAAUUACAGAGAACACAUGUAUUCUAGCGUGCCGUCAAUUGCAAAAAAUCCAUCGGCUUUAUAGUCGAUGGAGUUGGAAUAUGCAUCGCAUCGACGCUACAGAAGUAUUUUUAAAAAGCGGAGAAGAAGCUGAAGAAGCAUGGGAGAAGCUUGUGGCGGGUCCUAGUUCCAUGAUCGUGGAGCGAUUCGUUUACGAUGAAGAUCGUAUGGCUGCCAUUGUACCAUCACCCAUUCCUAUUCCCGCCAUGGCAGCCGCUGUAACUCGAUAGAACUGUCUGUCUUCAUUUGUGUUUCCUUGGCGAGACAAUUUUGGUGUUUGUAAGUAUGUAUUAUAGGAAAAUAAAAUAAAAAUUAUUAAAAAAAAAAGAAUAAAGAAUUUACAG